AGCGGCAGCAGCAGCUUUUAGUCUCAGGCCGGGAAACUAACAAGCGAAGAGAGAAAAACAGAGAGAAAUUGGCCGCAGAAUCUUCAUCCAUCCUGCCAAGUUUCUCUAUCCGGUGGAAAUAUACUGAUAUAAGUGAUCAGAAGUGACAGUUGCACGUUGAUUCGAAACAGACUGUACUGAGGGCGAGGUGCAAAGACAAAUUUCCAUACUCGAUGACAUUACAUCGCAAUGUCCGAUCGUUUGGGGCAAAUAACCAAGUCCAAGGAUGGGAAAAGCAAGUAUUCCUCGCUCAGCCUAUUUGACAAGUACAAAGUAAAGUCAAUAGAAACUCAGAAAACCACAGUUGUUGCACGACAUGGCUUACAGAGUCUUGGAAAAGUGGCCACUGCCCGCCGCAUGCCCCCUCCCGCUCACCUGCCGAGUCUGAAGUCUGAGAAUAAAGGAAACGAUCCCAACGUGAUUAUCGUGCCCAAAGACGGUACAGGAUGGGCAAACAAGCAGGAUCAACCCGAACAGAAGAGUUCCGUUGCAUCAUCAGCUCAGCUGCUGGAGUGGCAGCCACCGCCGGCUUCACAGAAAUCUGUGUCCAAUCUUCAGAAGCCCACACCCAUAACCAUCCAGGAGAGCACAAGUUCAGGUGGACCAAAGCAAUGGGCACAGCUCAAUGGCAAAGCAUCAGAUCCGGAUGGUUUAAAGGCCUCAAGCCGACUGCAGCCCUUCUCUCACGAGGAAUUUCCGACGCUGAAAGCAGCAGGAGAACAGGACAAGGUUGGCAAGGAAAGAAGCGUCUACGAUCCGUCGUAUGGGCCCGGACCAAGCCUCCGCCCUCAGAAUGUGUCAAGUUGGAGGGAGGGUGGUGGGAGGAACCUGCAGCCCUCGGGACUGUCUGCUGCCCUCUCCAGCGAGACGGAGAACAAGAACAGCAGUUCAGCCGAGACCAGCACUCCCCCCCCCUCCUCCUCUUCCUCCCCCAUCUCCACCACCUCCACUCAGCCCGCUGAUCCGAAGGAGCCGUCACUGCGGCCCGCUCAGCCUGUACGCCGAGUCACACCAUCGGCCCUCCAGUACCAGCACCAGCACCACACCACCACCACCUACCACGACAUGCUGCCUGCCUUCAUGUGCCCUAAAGAGACACGUGAGAUCCCGGGCUCCUCUGAUCACGGCCCCACCGCUGUGGUGGCCCCUGUGCACUUUGAUGCACGCUUCAGGUCGGCGUUCCCCGCACCAGAGCCUGUCAAUGGUGAGUUAAGAAGAGAGAACCGAUUCCCCCGCAUGCCCCCACGACCAUCUGCUCGGCCUGUCCGCCGCAUAGGAGAUCGAGCCCCUCGUCCUGCCAUUAUCAACCCUGAUGACCUGAAAGACCUGGAUGAACUGGACAACGACUGUGAAGAUGGCUGGGCAGGUCUCCAUGAGGAAGUGGAUUACAGCGAGAAGCUCAAGUUCAGCGAUGAUGAGGAAGAUCGCAAGCCGAGUGAGAAGAAAAAGAUCUGGGAUGAUUGGGACAUCCAUCAGGAACAACGGUUAUCUCAGAGCUCAGGAGAAGCAGAGGAGGAGGCAUACUUACGCCAGUCCAGAAAGACCAACGGACGAUUCUCCUCUGCCGAUUCUCAGCACCCGCAGAAGACUAGCGUAAACAGCGAGGCCGCAGAGGUGCCAGAGGAACCUCCACGUCAGGCACCUUCCCGUGGGAAGUUCGUCUCUGCUGACGUCUCUGAAGCGGUGGAGAGGGCCCGCAGGCGGCGCGAGGAGGAGGAGAGGAGAGCACGUGAGGAGAGGCUGGCCGCCUGUGCGGAAAAACUCAAAAAACUGGAUGAGAAGUUUGGCAAGACCGAGAAACCUUUACGCUCCGAAACCCAGAAAGAGGACAAGGAGCCGACGCAGUCUCCGGGCAGGAAGUCAUCUAAACAGCAGCAGGACAGCUGGCAGUAUUCCACUAAAGAAGCGUCUGAUACACCUGCAGAAUCAUCCACUCAGGAUUAUAAGGAUGAAGGUUAUUAUCAAAAUGAUGAUGAGGAUGAUUGUGCUGAGCCCACCUCCCCCGUCCCAGAUUACAGCCGGCACCAGAAGCCAGUUCCACCCCGAUUCCAAAAGCAGCAACAUCAGCAGCAGCAGGAACAGGUUUAUAAAAUGUCAUCAUGGCAACAGUCGGGCCACCCCUCCCAAUCCAGCUCUGCUCAGAGAGGCUUUUAUCCAGCUCACGUGCUGGGCUUUGACCCACGCUGGAUGAUGAUGCCUCCAUACAUGGACCCGCGCAUGGCUCAGGGGUGUUCUUCGGUAGAUUUCUACCCUCCUGGGGUUCACACUUCUGGAUUGGUGAAACCUGUCAUUCAGCAGGAGCAUCUCAAUAGUCCUGGUCCUGCCUCUGAUGAAGGCUGCCAACCCAGCAUGCAUCAGGACAGAAGGACACCAUCCGCUGAGCCCUACCAAGUGUGGAGCCAAGACAACUACUCAUCUGCCCGCAGUUUCACCCCACCGUACCAGAGACAGCAUGAGAACGGCGACAGGGGUCAGAUGGACAACAGGAGCGAGAGGUCGUGCUCUAGAAACGACUCUUAUGAGGAGAGAGGUCAAGAGACCGAGGAACUGACUCAUCAAGGAUUCCGUCAAGGCAGAGGUUCGGACUUAACACUCGGGUCCCAUGAAGGCAACUCUGCAUUGAGCAGGAGUCAUCCUGGAGAAGGUGAAUUCUCUAAAUCGGACCACAGAGACGUCUCGUCUGGACGACAUCAGAGAGAUGACGAGGUAUUCGACAGUAAGGACAAGAGCUACGAUUCUGACUUCUGGAGGAAGGACGGCAGUCUGAAGAAAGAUGGAGGCGGUCAGGGUCAGUGGUCAGACCAAGGUUCCAGCAGCAGCAGUAGCAUUAGCCAACCGUCCGAGCCCAGUGGCAGAAGUCUUCGAAGAACCGGCCCCAUCAAGAAACCUGUGCUGAAACCCUUGAAGGUUGAAGACAAAGAGAACGAGAAGCCCAAAUCUGAACCUGAGGAGAAACCUGUCCCAUACCGACUGGAGAAAGAAGUGGUCACCAACGUCUAUGAUCUGAAGAAAGAUGCCCCACCUCUGUCUAACAGACACUCUGCCUCACAACACGUCACAUCUGUCGAAGAUAAACAAGUUGAACCUCCAAAAGUUGAGAAAAUGAGCAACCUGCCUAUGGAGUCGCACAAGGAGAACUGUUGGGACAGUGUGAAGUCUCAGUCUGUAGACAGCUCUGAUAGCAGAGAGCCGCCGGCACCACGCCGCAACAACUGGAUAUUCAUCGAUGAAGAGCAGGCUUUCGCCGGGACCAGGGGAGCGAGCCGAGGACGUGGACGGGGUUUCAGAGAGUUCAGUUCUCGUGGUGGAGCUCGUGGAGGACGUAGCGACAACAACAGGGGAGCCUACAACAGCACCCAGAGAGCCGCACGGGGCCGUGGAGGUCGGGAGUUUAGGAGCGAGGACCCACAGAGAGGUAAACCCCGCAGACGCAACGUCAGCGAGACGCACAGCGAGGCCUCAGAGUAUGAGGAGCUGCCCAAACGUCCGCGACAGAAGGCAGCUGAGAACGGAGAGGCUCCGCAACCCAUCCCCGGAGAUGUAAAGAGGGCCGACAGAGAAUCGUGGCGAUCCAACAAGGUCUACACGGACGAUCAGAGUGCCCAUGGUGAUUCCAGAGACAAGACCAAGCCGUCUAGAGGGUUUGGAAGGUCUUUACCCCCUCGUCUCAAUGCUGGAUACAACCGUGGAUUUGGAGCCAGGGACAUUUCUACAUGGAGAGGACGAGGAAAUCAGUUCGGAAGCAGCUCCGCGCAAGAGAACGGGUACAACUUUGUUACCGAAUCCUAUCCUAAACGCCCAUCGGAGCGUGAGGCAUUGAAGUACCCCCCGAAAUUGACUGGAUCGUUCGCAGAGAAUGGCGUUGAGGACCGGGAAGGCGGCUACUAUCUAGAUGGCGAUAAUCCGGACAACCGACCGUUGAGGAGGCGACGUCCCCCUCGCCAAGAUAAACCUCCACGCUUCAGACGAUUACAGCAGGAACGGGAAGUCGGAGGUCAGUGGAGCAGUGACAAUUACGUAAACGGAGACUUUGCUAAUCCGUGGCCGGGUCGCGCUAAGGGUGGAGAGGAGCACUGGCCCAACAACUACUCUGGAGGAAAGCCGCAGGAGCUCACGGUUCCGGGCGAGGAUUGGGAGACGGGCUCUGAGAACAGCGAUUUUAAUGAGUGGAGGGAGAAACGGGGAGGAGGACAGCACGGUGAUGUGAUGACAGAGGCGGGUCACGGUGAUCCCUCAUCAGAGAAGAGAGAGCUCUCCAAACGAAGUUUCUCUAGCCAACGGCCAGCCGUGGACAGACAAAACCGAAAGAGUGACGUGGCCAUCGAGAACAAGUUAACUCGAUCAUCAGACGUCCCGUCAUCUACGGGUCCAAGUAAGAACGAGAGCUGGCAGAACGGCAUCUGUAACACCAAGCGCGUUCCUGAAGACUCGCUGUCAGGUCUGAGCUCUGGCUCUGUGUAUAGUGUGGAGCAGAGCGAGGAGAAUCUUUCCACCAGCACCACUGAAGCUGCAGGGAAGAUCAUGGAGAAAGAUCUGAAACCAAGAACAAUGAAGGGAGACAUGACGGAACCGCUGUCUCAGUAUGAGCGCAACACUUACCCAGUCGAGAGCGACUCGGGAGCGUGUGUACCGAGUCCAGAGGUGUUCCAGGACGCGCUGUCCAAAAAACAAAGACGGCCACAGGAAGACGAGCGCAGGCGGAAGGAUCUAAGCGUUCCAGUUUCAAUAAAGAACCGAGCAAUCGCAUCAAAAAUGCCUCCACGCUUUGCGAAGAAGCAGGGCAGCAUGUCCAUCGAGCAACCCGAGGAGACGCUGUCCACGAGCAGCUUAGGAACGGAGAUCUGGGAGACGAACAGCACAGCCCUGACCGUCCAGUCAUCAGGUGGUGAUUCGUGGACGAAACAGGUUUCUUACACAGGGAGUGAACCCAAUUCAGAGAUGGUGUGUGAGUGGACUGUGGGUGUGCCGUCUGAGGUUGGCGCUAACAUGAACCACUCUCCGGUGUGCCAGGAUUCGGAUGCAGGACCCGAGCAGAGUAAAGAACACAAGCCGGGACCCAUCGGGAACGAGCGCUCGCUGAAGAACCGGAAGGGCUCUGAGGGAAUGGAGCGUCUGGAGGGUCCCAUCACCCCCGUCAAUGGUGUGGACAUUCACGUAGACAACGUCAUUCCCGUCCCGCCCAUCGAGUUCGGCGUCAGCGCGAAGGAUUCUGACUUCAGCCUUCCUCCGGGGUCCUCGUCGGUGCCCGUGUCCAACCCUGUUACUAAGCUUCAGGACGCGCUCGCUGGGAACGUGGGCUUGACUCAGGCCAUCCCGAUGCUUCGCAGAGAUCAUCUUCAGCCUGGAAUUAACCUCAAUCCCAUCAGCUUCCCCACCGCAGACCUCACGCUGAAGAUGGAGUCGGCACGUAAAGCGUGGGAGAACUCUCAGGCUCUUCCAGAGCAGGGAUCUCCAGGUGCCGCUGUCUCCGGGGCUCAGCCGGCCUGCAGCGUGGGCUCGUCCAGCGGCAUCAGUUAUAGCUCGUUCGGAGGAGUGUCUAUGCCUCCCAUGCCCGUGGCGUCUGUCGCACCCUCUGUCUCCAUGCAAGGCAGUCACAUCCCUCCUCUGUAUCUGGACGGUCACAUGUUUUCCAGUCAGCCGCGGCUCGUUGCCUCGAACUACCAGCAGGCCGCUCCUCAGCAGAUCCCCAUCUCUCUCCACACAUCUCUCCAGGCUCAACUCGGCAUGCGGGGCGCUCUGCCUGUGUCUCAGUCUCAAGAGAUGUUCAGCUCCAUCCCGCCGUUCAGGUCUCAGGUGUACAUGCACCCAAACCUGUCUCAGCCCAGUCCCAUGGUGCUCUCCGGAGGGGCUCCUCUCAAAGGACCCUAUUCUCCAUUUCCAGGCAUUCAGUCAGAGAUGGUGAAAUCGCAGUCAGGCUCUCACUACCAGCCCAUGAACGGCAGUCAGCCGCUGGUGUACGAUGGGUCUUUGAGUCAGGCCGCUGGGAUGGCCACCUCACAGCUCAUGGACUCGCAGCUCAUCCAGGUGACAAUGCCCAUGCCUGGAUCUCAGCUGCGAUACGGUUCAGCCCAGCAGCAUCUCAUUCUGCCCCAGUCCAUUCAGCUCCAGCAGAACCAGAAUCUGUCUGUGGGUGCUUCGCGUCGGAUGAUGCCACCCGGCUCUCAGCCUCAAGUCCUGACCAGCAGCAGGGAGCACUCACAGAUGGAUAUGAAAGGAUUCCAGUUCUCUGAUAAACACACACACUCACCUGGAAUACCCAGCGGCUCCUACAGACCCGGUUCUGCCAGCCCCAUUGGGAAGCCCUCAGGAGCUCUUCAGGGUCAUUACACGCAUCAGGGCAGUAUGGUCAUGCACAUGAGACCUCCCACCAGUGGCCCGUUUCCCAAUCCCAUCCAACGUCCCAUCAUGCAGGUCAACAAGACCGUCAUCAUCCGCUCUCCGCCCUAUCCCAGCCCCGGGCGUGAGCUGUCCCGCUCCACGCCCACCUCUAACCCCGAGCCUGCCCUCAAAGCCCCGGAGGACGGUAUGAAGGUGAGCCACCCACUGUGAACCUAGGUGAAGUCUCUGCGUGACGUCAAGAGCUCACCUGUCAUUCCCAGCAAAAUACGGGAUCAGCUGCCGACAGCACAAGUCAAAUCUAUUCGAACCGGAGCCAUAAAACCACAGUCAGUCAAAGUGGAGGAAGGCAAAGCCUAAACUAUGGACCUCGUGAUCACAUGACCUGGCUGUGUGUGGCCAUCUCUCGCUCUCUCUUUCUGUCUCUCACUCUGUACUCCAGGAUUGAUGCACAGGAUCACAAACUCCACCACUAAACGCCUAUUAAUAAACAUCACAUAGAGAUAUGAAUAUCUAUAUAUAAGUGUAUACUAUAUAUAUAUAAAUAGACAUAGACACGAUAGUUUUUGGACUUCUGCGCAGACUUUUCAAGAUUUCAGCUUUAUUUAUUUACGUUUUUAUUUGACAUUUCAAGUGAAGAAUAACGGUUACAUGGCAAACCAAUCCUGGUUGCGUUUUGCUCCCUCAUCGAAGUCUGAACAGAGAGAAACGGUGCGUCUCCUCUUCCAGCCCGUGCGUCUCCACACCCGAUGCCAAACUGAGCCGCGCGAUCGGACUCCACACUUCCGUCGACGUCAGAAGAAGCGCUAGCGCUGCAGUGUGUGGCUUUAUUUUUACUGGGUACCAUGGAGUUUUAAUUUUCUUUUUAAUAUAUAUGUAUAAAUAUAGUAAUCAUGCCUAUUUGCUUAUUCUGAAAGAACACCUUUUAUUCAAUAAAAAAAACUUCAAACCCAAAUUUGAGGACAUUGUUCAAUCCAAACAUGGAGGAAAUGCCAUGGCAGCGUGAGCUCGUGACGGACUGCUUGAUGAAAUCAUUUUCUUGUUUUUAACUCUGCGUUUCAUGUGCUGUGUAAGUGCAUUUGAUAUGAUUUGAGUGGCGGCCGUGUGUGGAAUAAACGUGAAAAUCACAUGUGGGGUUGUGGGGAGAUCUGAGCUCUUGAGGAAGCCCAAGAUGUGUUUUUGCUCCUCAUUUUUUCUGAUGACAAGUGUUGGAUUGUUGUGUCGUGGUCUGCAAAGGAAAACUCAUGUUUUGGUGGUUUGAGAGCGACACAAGCCGUAAACAUCUAAACUGUCACGUUCACCAGGGUCCAGAUGUGUUUAUCCAUGCUGUCAGCAGAUCUUAUGGAAUUGCUCUGAAUUCAUGUUUUUAUUUGAAAUGUUGUCGUUGUCUUAAAAGAAAAUAGUGUACAAAGCAAGGGUUUUUCCUUCAUGACUGUACAGAUUAAUAUCGAUGUCAUUUCUCUUUGGCUGACUGUUGGGUGUUUUAAUGCCCUUUCAUAUGAUUUCUGCUGUGAUGAUUUUAAACCUUUUUUCACAUUCAUAAACGCUGGCACUGACCGAACACUAUAUUUUCAACAGCAACUCUUUAAUCGCACGACAUCUGUACAGACAUAUUAUUGCUCUUUUGCGGUUUAAAAUGCCAGCAGUGAUUUUUCUUUGACCUUCAUUUUAGGGGCUUUUCAGUGUUGUUCAUCCUAUUCAUGUGUGCUCAUACUUGACCUUUUAUUGGAAAUCUGAUAAAUGAGAAAUAAAGCUUCAAC